AUGUUAUGCAACCUCACUUCUCUUACAACGGUUGAUUUGUCAAAUAACAGUUUGAGUGGUAACAUUCCUCCAUGCCUUGGAAAUUCAAUCAAAAUGCUCUCAGUGCUGUGUUUGCAGAAGAAUAACUUUCAUGGCAUCAUUUCUCCAAUCUUUGCAAAGAAAAUUGCUCUGAGGAAUUUAAACCUCAAUGGAAAUCAAUUGGAAGGUUCCCUUCCUUUGUCAUUGUUCAACUGUAAAAAGUUGGAAAUUUUGGAUGUUGGGAACAACAAGAUACAUGGAUCAUUUCCCCAUUGGUUGGAAUCUCUCCCAAACUUACAAGUGUUUAUCUUAAGAUCUAAUAGAUUUCAUGGUCCAAUAAGUAAACCAAGUGUUAGAUUUCCCUUUCAACGGUUGAGAAUAAUGGAUGUAUCUAACAAUGAAUUCAUGGGCUUCUUGCCAAAAGAAUAUUUUGAGAAUUUUGUGGGCAUGAUGAAUGCCUAUUCAAAAGACUUGCAAUACAUGGGAAGGUUCAUAGGACCAUCCUAUUAUCAUGAUUUUGUUUCGGUGGCAGUAAAAGGUUUCUAUGUUGAGUUGGUGAAAAUUCAAUCCAUGUUUAUAACCAUUGAUUUAUCAAGAAAUAACUUCAUAGGGGAGAUUCCAAACAUGAUUAUUGGAAAGCUAUAUUCACUCAAAGGGCUUAAUCUUUCGCACAACAAGCUAUCGGGUAAUAUUCCACCAUCAUUGGGAAAUUUGAGCAAUCUCGAAUGGUUAGAUCUCUCCUCAAACAAGUUUGUUGGGACGAUUCCAUGGCAAUUGGCAACAAAUCUAAAUCAACUUGAAUUUCUAAAUCUUUCCAUGAACAAAUUGGAGGGACAAAUACCUCGUGGCCCGCAAUUCAACACAUUCAAUGAUGAUUCGUAUAAUGGAAAUUUGGGGUUAUGUGGAUUUCCACUUUCUAAAUCAUGCAACGAAGGCAAGAUGAACAAAACAUCUUCUCCGGAGGAUCAAGGGAAUGGUGUUUUCUGGAAAGUUGAGCUGAUGGGAUAUGGAACUGGAAUAGUGAUUGGAAGUUUAAUAGGAUAUGUUGUCCUUACAAAUAAAGAUGUUGAUGAGAUUAAGAAAAGCUUUAGAAGCUACAGUGGCAUCCAUUGGUGA